UGUACUAGCUAGGACGACUUCAUAGAUAUCAAUUUCCAACAUUGUUUGUUCAACCAAACUGAAGACAAGCCUCGGAGAGCCUCUCAAGAAAUGAAGUUUACGACCUUUUUCUCUCUGUUUCUACUUUGUGGCUUCACCUCACACCUUGGUUCAGCCAGCGCAGAUGUGGUGGACACCGACGGUAAUCCUCUUGAAAAUGGUGGCACAUACUUUAUAAGGCCAGUUAUAAUAACUGGAAACGGCGGUGGAGUGGAAUUUGCAGCAACCGGAAACGAAACUUGCCCUUUGUCUGUUCGCCAAAAUCCAAGUCCUUUGUCUAACGGCCUACCGGUAGAAAUUUCAUCGCCAAUCAAAUUCCCUUUUAUAAAAGAAAGUUUUAUUUUGGACAUUAGGUUCCCUUUUGUAGCCCCGUGUGCUCCCUCUCCAUCGAAGUGGACUGCUGUGAAGUUUGGGGGAAAGGGGUUGGUUGUUAAACUUACUGGCUACGACAACACAGUAGCCGGUGGGUUUAAAAUCAAGAGCGUUCCCAAUGAUAUUGGAGGCUACAUCCUCUUGUUCUGUCCAGAGAAUAGUUCUUGUGGCUAUGUUGCAAUUGAGAUUUAUCCUACAACAAACAAGCGUUUGGGGGUCACUCCGUAUGAGGAGACUGCAUUCUGGAUUCGCUUUCAGAGAGUUUACACGUCAUCUGCGUGAAUUACCGAUGGAUAAUGAUUCAAUGACUACCGAAAUUUGACUCCUAUGUUACUCCCUGACGUAGAAAGUAAUUUUUAAUUUUUUUUUACUUGCAAAAGAGAGUAUGUCACGUGAGGGAAAGAGAAGUUAAUUAAUGUUAACUUUUUCAAACUGUGAAAGUGAAUGGAAAUGGCCAAAAGCGGUUUUGAAAAAAAAUCAUUUGCAGACCAUUGAGAAUGGUGUU